UGCAUCAGAUUUCCUAUCCAUUACAGAGCGAGAGCGCGAGCGAGAACGGGUCGGAACUCAAAACGAAACGAGCAAAAGAACCGAAAUGGAGAGGCAAGAGGUGCAUCCACAGGGAAAGAGAGGCCAGGCCGAAGAGAAGAAGCCGGACCUGGAGGGGCUCCCGCUGAAGAGCAGCCCCUACCUGCAGUACAAGGACCUGGAGGACUACAAGCUCCGGGGCUACGGCGCUCAGGGCCACCUGGAGCCGAAGCCCGGCCGCGGCGCCGGCUCCACCGACGCCCCCACCAUGCCGGGCAGCGCCGUCUCGUCCGAGGCCGAGGUCGCCACGGCCGAGGCCGCCCAUCGUCAGGGAGUCUUCAAGUAGUGUGAAACUUGUGAUCUUUACGUGUCUGUCAAAGAGAGAGCGUUGGUGGUUUUGUUUCUUUUGUGACACUUCUGAUGAUAUGAAUAAAACAUUCGACAUUGGCCAUUUUCUCUU